UCCUGUCACCUCUUCUGGGCGUCUUCAAAAUGAAGGUUUUCAUUCUCUCCGUACUUUUGGGCCUCGCCAUCUCGGACAAGCUCCCUUCCAACACCUAUGGUGUCCCGAAUGGAGGGAUUGGAGCUUCCAACGGAGCCUCGGGAAACGGAUUCGGAGCAUCGGGUAACGGAUUUGGAUCAGCAGCUAACGGAUUCGGAGCCUCAAGCAAUGGAUUCGGAGCUCCAAACAAUAGAUAUGGAGCACCAACUAACGGAUAUGGACAGGACGACGAAGUAGCGGCUCUGGCCGAGAGCAUUCCCGGGGGCGGCGUCCCCGGCGAGGACUACCCCAUCUUGGCUUCCGUGCCCGACACCGGCUUCUCCUGCGAUGCCCAGGCGGUGCAAGGUUAUUACGCCGACACUGCAGCUGAAGCCGGCUGCCAGGUGUUCCAUAUCUGCCAGGACCGCGCCCUCAGGCGCCAACAGGACUCCUUCCUGUGCCCCAACGGUACCAUCUUCAACCAGCAGUACCUGGUAUGUGACUGGUGGUUCAACGUGGACUGUUCUCAAGCUGAGAGCUUCUACUCCGUCAACGAGCUCAUCGGAGUCGAUCCCGACGCCACCGGAUACGCCUAUGGACCUGCUGCUAAUGGCAACGGCAACGGAGCUAAUGGAAGACAGAAUGGUAAUGGAAACGGUCGCACGAACGGCAGGAACGGAAACGGAUACGGCUCUAACGGCAACGGAGUCAAUGGAAACGGAUCCGCUGGAAAUGGAAACAAUGGUUAUGGUGCUAAUGGCAGUGGUAUCAACGGCAAUGGCUCGAACGGCAAUGGCAGGGGUGGCUAUACCUCCAAUGGCAAUGGUCUCAACGGCAACGGAAACGGAAUCAACGGCAACGGAAACGGCAACGGGGCAGGCGUCCCUUCCCAGGCCUACGGCGCCCCCUUCUGAUCCGUCGCGAGGAAUCCACUUUGACUUUUGUACAUACAUACAGAGUACUAAAAAUUAUAUUUUUUCCUUUUCA